CGUACAGUGUUAAUCAUAAAAUUUUCUUAUCACAUUUGACGUUUUAUUGAUUUUCGACACCGAGAUCACAAACUAAACUUUUGACUCACAAGUCGGGUUUGAAGAUGCAACAAACAUGUGUUUUCAAUUGUUUCAUGUUUUGUUUUCUAUUAGUAAUUUAUAUGGCAGAUUCAUCGCCCGAUCGCUCCUUUUCCGGUUCAAAUGAGGGAAAUCGUGUUAAACUUGGUGAUACAGCUGACGGUGAGAAUCCAAAUGAAGACGACGCAAUUGACGAUGAAAAUCCAGAUGAGGCAGUUGCUGAUGAGACGAUGAAUGCAGAUGAAAAUGAUCCUGUACAAGAUGAUGAUCAAGGCAAAAAUGAACCAAUAUAUGAUGGAAACGAAAAUAAAUUACAAGGUGAUGUUAAAGACACCAAUGAACAAACGGACGGAGUUGAUAAACAAGAUGAUGUCCCAGAUGCUAAUGAACCAAUUGUUGGAGAAGAAAAAGCAAAUGAGGAACAGGAUGAUACGCCGGUUGAAGAUGAAGAUAAAUCAGUGAAUACAGGCGUACAAGAUGACACUGUAAAACAUGAAGAAGAGGCUGAUGACAAAACUGAUUUAGACCAAAAUAAAUCUAAUGGACCUAAUGCCAAUCAGAAAGUAAUCACCACACUUGAGCGAAAACCCUUCUACUUAAGCCCGGCUGAAAUUGAAAAGUUUAAAAUAUGGCCUAACGCUACCGUUUCGUACUUCAUCGACGAGUUUUCUUAUGACAAAGUUCUUCGAGACAAGAUCCGCGGCUACCUGGAUCAUGCAGAACUUAAUACGAUGGUCCAUUUUCAUGAGCUCACUGAGCCGCCUAUGAAGGAAGACGAACGAUGGGUCUUUUUCGUAAAUCGAAGAGGCCUACUAGACUGCAAAGAUUAUUCCACUAACUCCUUCACAAAUAAAGGUGUCCAGAAAGUGACAGUUGGCUACAAUUGCCUCAAGCACGGUGGGCCUAUGGCGGCAAUAGUUUUGGCGUUGUUGGGUGUGCCGCCUCAGCAUAAUGCACCUGAUCGUGAUAAGUUCAUUACUGUUGCCAAGGAACAUAUACUGCCAGAAAAAUUGGGUUUAUUCAGUCUGUUAAGAGAUGAUGAGUGGUUAUUCCAUGAUUUACCAUAUGACUAUGCCAGUGCAGGCCACUACCCAUCACAUAAAUACACUGCAGAUGGAUCUAGCACUAUAUCUCCUGACUCUCGCGGAUCCGAAUCAAGGAAAGCGACGACGAACAGAGAACCCGCCGAGCAGGUCCCCGGCACUCAAUGUCUUAGGCCAGUUAGGCAUGGACCGAGAGGUCCGCGAGCCAGCAACAGAUUUGAAUGA